GGCUCGGGAGAAGAGGAGGAGCCAAGGGCCCCGAGCGAGCGAGCCAGCGAGCGAGCGAUCCAGCGAGCGUGCGGGUGGAGCCCCGAGCCGUGCGCGCUGCGGGUGCCGGCAGACUUCCUGGGCCCGGUUCACCGGGGGCCACGAUGGCGUUUGGGAAGAGCCACCGGGACCCUUAUGCCACCUCGGUGGGCCAGCUCAUCGAAAAGGCUACAUUUGCUGGCGUUCAGACUGAAGAUUGGGGCCAGUUCAUGCACAUCUGUGAUAUAAUUAAUACUACUGGUGAUGGGCCAAAAGAUGCAGUAAAAGCUUUGAAGAAAAGAAUUUCCAAAAAUUAUAAUCAUAAAGAAAUCCAACUGACAUUGUCACUUAUUGACAUGUGCAUGCAGAACUGUGGUCCACGUUUCCAGUCUCUGAUUGUGAAGAAGGAAUUCAUUAAAGAUAAUUUAGUUAAGCUGCUGAAUCCCAGAUACACCCUACCAUUAGACAUUCAGAAUAGAAUCUUAAGUUUCAUUAAGAAUUGGUCCCAGGGCUUCCCAGGAGGUGUGGAUGUAAGUGAAGUGAAAGAGGUAUACCUUGAUCUACUUAAGAAAGGUGUUCAGUUUCCUCCUUCAGAUGAUGAGAAUAAAAUAAGGCAAGAGACUAAUAAGAGCUCAUCAGCCUCAUCAACUUCUGUUCCAAGUGCACCAGUUCUUCCUUCUGUCGUUGUUCCCAAGAACUCAACAAUUACACUUGUCCCAGAACAGAUAGGAAAACUGCACAGUGAAUUGGAUAUGGUGAAAAUGAAUGUGAGAGUGAUGUCUGCAAUAUUGAUGGAGAAUGUUCCUGGAUCCGAAAACAGUGAUGAUAUUGAGCUCCUGCAGAAACUUUAUAAGACAGGUCGAGAGAUGCAGGAGAGGAUCAUGGAUCUCCUUGUGUUUGUGGAGAAUGAAGAUGUAACUGUUGAGCUGAUUCAAGUGAACGAGGAUCUGAAUAAUGCCAUCCUUGGUUAUGAGAGGUUUGCUCGAAAUCAACAAAGAAUUUUGGAGCAAAAUAUAAACCAGAGAGAAAAUGCCAAUACUACCAGUGAACCUUCUGCCCCAUCCUCUGAUCUCCUUGACCUAAGUCCUAGCCCUCCCAUGUCUCGGGCUUAUCUGGGGGACCAGGACACUGUGAAUGCUCAACUUUCCAACUUAAACUUUAGCUCUCCGAGACACGUUGUUACCUCCUUGAAACCCAGUCUUCAUACACAGGAUGAUUUGCUUGCCUUGGACAACACAGAAACUCCCCUGUUUCCCCAGAGGACCAGCCAAAACCCUGCCCCAGAUUCUACCUAUGAGAAUUUUCUGGAACAUUCGAAUUCAGUAUUACUCCAGCCUGUUAGUCAACCAAACAUUUCAGCAACAUCAAAUGAAAGACUGCCACCCUUGCCUGGCAAUCAUCCAGCAAUGACAAAAAAUGAUCUUCAACCACCCAAUUACUACGAAGUAAUGGAGUUUGAUCCCUUAGCUCCUGCUGCCACUACAGAAACUAUUUACGAGGAAAUCGACAAUCUUCACUUAAAAGAAACUCAAGCACAUACUGGACACUGAGGUAAAGACAAGCCUUUCCAAGUUCAGUCUGUAAGGUGAAAGUGGAAGACCAGCUCACUACCCGCAUUAGGAAUACCAACACUGUCAAACUGGUAGAUCCUCUACAGCUUUCCUGCCCAGAAGACAAGGCCUACCAGCAGUGUAUCAACUGUGGUAGAACUCUUCUCCUCUGCAAUUUAUGGAAUAAGAACAGUUCCAGAGUAACAUUUUUGGUUCCUAACAACAGCGAAGGCCUUUGAGCUUGAGAACUUUUUGUAACACAUAUUCCCUUAAAAUUUCAGAAGAAAAAUUCACUGUAUUGAGGCCAAGGAGUUUAAUUGCAGCGUUUGUUUCACAGGCCGUCAUAUAGCUAAAUGAGUAGAUGAAGAACAUUAAAAAUAAUUCUGAAUAGAUAGGCAUGGAACAUAAGAAAUUAAAAAUUCAGGAAAAAUACUGAGUGCCUUCAUUUAACUAGAAUGUAAUCUUAAGAGUCAAUUUGCACACAUCUUUACAAGUAGUACUCUUUUGUUUAAUUUAUGUCAGGUACUCUAAAAAGGUAACUGGCCUAUAUACUGAACUGCCUUUAUAUGAGUCUUGAUGUUUCUAAUGUUUCUUAUUUUUUUUAAACUGCAGUUUUUCUCUUUGGAACAAAGACUACUGGAAAACAUUAAAUUGUGAACUCAUUUACAUGUUGUAAAUUACAAUAAAAAUAAAUUACUAUUAAAAUAA